UGAAUUGAGGUUAUAAACAUAAGCGAUAAGUGAUACUUGUUGAAUUAAAUAAAUAUGAUUUAAUUAUUUCAGUGAAUUAGUCAAGUAAAUUUCUGCAUGUGAAAAAUAGAACUUAGUCUGUGAGGAAUAUUUUCUUCUUAUUCAAUCGUUGUAGACUCACCAAAAAGCUCUCUUUGGACGAAUAAACUCCAAUCGUUUCCUACAAGAUUUAAUUGUCUAGUAGAUAACGGUCUUGUUAAAAUGGAUCAAACUGUAGAGUAUUUGGACACAUAUCAUGGUCGUUAUCAAGCCAUUCGAUUCUGCGAACAUUUAGCACGAUUUCUAUCAGGUUGUUGUGCAAAGCAAAUCUCCGGAAAAUUACUAACUUUCAGUGAUCAACUAGGUUCCUGUAGAGUUGUCCUUCGGUUGUUCGAUGACUUGUCAAUGCUCCGCUAUAAUUUACUGUAUGGAUUUGGGAAAGAGGACAUUCCAGACAUCAAAAUUAGAAUCCUCACUGUAUUUUCUAACAUCUGCGAUCAACUGUACUAUCCCCUCGAACAUCUGGCAUGGGCUGAAGACAUAGGCCUUUUGACAGCAAGAAAAAACAUCGAUUACUGGACAGCCAGCUCCAUCUUGUGGGCACUAUCAUCAUACUUCUCUAUGAGCCGAUCCCUUAGUCAAGCGAAAAGUUUGCAUGCGCAGAAGUCUACCUUCAAAUUAUACGGUUCAGAAAUUACAAGGAAAAGUCCAAGAUACAAGGAGUAUGUCAAGUUGUCAAACUUACAAUUUUUAGCUAUUAUUUCUGCUCUUCAGAAUCUUGCAGACCUAAUCAGAGCGAUUCAUUAUUUUCCCAAUGGCUUUCUGUGGGCUGGGCGUCUAAAAGAGUGGCAAAUAGGUGCUUUCGGUGUAUUGUCCUGCUUAUUAAGCUUUUAUGAGCACCACGCUUCAAUGAUAAAAUGAAGAGACCUCCUCUGAGUAAUUAUCUAGAAUGCUGGUCUAAUUAACAUGUUGCGUAUCAAUGUAUCUACAUAUACAUGAUAUCGUAGCACCAAGAAAACAUGCAAUUAUUAACAAAUUUUGGUGAAUGAUACUUACUUUAAAAAGUCUGAAAAGAGGGUCAUAUAGCUUUUUCUGUCCAAGUUUACACACCAGCAGUCUUGGUCAGUUUGCCAUCAAAUCUAAAACUGCUAAUUUAUGAAUAGAAAAUGUUUUUGGAGCAUAUCAUUUGGUUCCUGGGAUGAGGCCCGGAAGAAAAAAUACGACAUUUUUCGGCCCUUUAACAGCACAAUAUGAUCGUCAAAAACCUUGAAAUGGGCUCUUUUCAAACUAAUGAAGUUGAUGCCUUUUUAUUCCAUGCAGAAAAGAAAGACAAAUACAUGAGAGUUUGAAAACUACUGCUCCACAGUACAAAGGAAUUUCUAUUUUCUGAAGUUGGGCACUUCAUAAUAAUUAGUUCACUCAUGAGUUUUUGUACUGCUGAUUCAGGCAUGUAAUUUACCUGCUAACAACUAAUAAUAUUAAUUGGGAGCCGUUAAUAAAAUUUAAACACUUAAUUUCAGAUUUUUCAUUCCCCCAUUAGACACUUUCGUGGCAAAGUUUCUUAUCCUUUAAUACUUACAAUCAAACUGGCAAAACGCUCUUUUCAACCACCCCUCCCUCUCUUAGAGUGACAAUUAUGUAAUUAUUCAUGAACGGCCCUUUACAUUACCGAAGUGAAGAGCUUAAGAGUACAGAGCCAAGGAAAACUAGGAUGAGGAUGUCUAUGAACUUAGGAUGUAUUCCAUUACCUGCCAUUGUACCAAACUGAAUUCCAGACUAGCUCUUACUCAUAGAGCUCUUUUGAGCUUUUGAUAAAUGAAAAUAACUUGACUAAUAAAAUAAAUUAGUCCUGCGGUAGGGACUCCUACAAGGCGGUCCUUGGAUCCAUCCACUGGAUCAUAUCUUUAAUUGAGAACUUAGAUUGUAAGAAAAUCUCUAAUGAUUGGGAUGAAAUGUUAAUGUGAACUAGAACUCCUGUACUUUCCUUUGUUUGUAAUGUAAAUUUUCCAGCUGCAGCUGUUAGCCUGAUGUCUUCCAAAUAAUAAUACACUGUUUUUUUUCCAAUUAUUUAA